AUGAUCCUAAAAAGAAUAUUCAUAGUUCUAGAUAUCCAUUAAUUUAUGAAACAAUCAUGCACAGAAAUUAUUUUCAGUAAAAAAAUAUUAACCAAUAGGUUAAUAAAUAGAAAAAGAAUGGAAAUCAUUUAUUAGAUUAUAUCAUAUAAAAGUCACAAAAAUAUCUGUAUCUUCUCUUAACAAUUAGAAAACUAAAAUCUAAUCAUACAAUAUUAUCACCUUAAUCUAAAAAAAAUAUAGAGCUGUAUUUAUUUAUGUUUAAUUUUUAGACUAAAAAAACAUUAUUUAAUGAUAAAGUAAAUGAAACUUUAUGUAUACUUUAGAUUAAAAUAGUCAUAGUUAUAAAAUAAUUAUAAUUGGAGAAGGAGUUUAAAUGAUAUAAAUAAUUUCAGAGUUUUUCCUUAAUGUAUAAAUAGAAUAUUAAUAUUAGUAUUAAUUUAGUAAUAAACCAAGAAAUGAAGCAAAAUGA